GUAGCAAAACACUGUCACUUCCUGAUCGGCCUGAGCCAUGCACCGCGUCGCCAAGUCCUUCACUACCCAUGCACGCAGUGUUGCGGCUUCGCGUCGCCUUCUACACCCGAAAUCCGCUGGCCGCUUCGUGGUGUUAUUUAGCACGGAUGCCCCGCAGAUGGGUAAGCGUCUAACACCCGAGGAAAUUGUCGAGCGCCGCGCCAAACGAGCGGAACGACGAGAAGCUAGCGGUGAUUCCGAAGAAAAGAGUGAAGCCAUAUUUAUCGAAGGCUCGGUGCGACCGUAUCACCGCCACUACGUGAUCGUAGAGCGCGAGAACACGGACCCGAAUGCUUGGCCAGCCAAGUUAGAGCGGACACCUGAACACAUUCUGAGCUCCUACAUGGCUGCGUUGGUGGAGAUUUAUGGUGGUGACGUCACGAAGGUGAAGAAGAGCCCGCUGCUUGUGACGGCUGCAAUCCCUUAUACAGGAAUGUGCAGCGGUGGACUGCGCGACGACAAUGUCAACCCGACAGAGAGUCUGGAGGAAGGCGCCCACGACAUCCUGGUAUUCCCCGAUUUCGUGCGUGCUCACAACGUUGUGCCAUCACAGAUCUCAACGCUGGUGAGCAAGUCGCUGGAGAAGGACCUUGAUCUGCCUGCCGUGCUGGAACAAGAGAAUCUGCAGUACACGCGAGUGGAGAAUGCCUACCACAUGAUGGUGUGCGGCCAUGCUGCCAGAGACGAGCGCUGUGGUUGCAAGGGGCCGGAACUGCUGGAGUGGCUGAAAAACUCGGCACCUGACGCGAACAAGCCGUUGAAUCUGUGGACUUCAAGUCAUUACGGGGGCCACCGCUAUGCCGCAGCUUGUAUUGUGUAUCCUAGCGGCGACUGGUUUGGCCUUCUAAACGAGGAAAACAAAGCCAAGGGAAUGCUUGAGGCGGUGAACGACCAAGAUCCGUUGAGGAUAUUUGAGCUGUGGCGCGGUCGCAUGGGCCUCACGGCGAAAGAAAUGCACCAAGCAGUGAAGGAGCGAGUGGAAGCUCCAGAUGAGCUCGCUGGAAAUGCAUAAGUACCAGUUACCGAUGAAACACAUUGUCGUCAUAACAUGUUCCAGUAGCAGCACAUCUUUCUUCCAAGUACAUUAAUACUUUGCGGUGGGGAAAACUUGAGCUUUGGCAACACGUACGCGAACACAAUUUGGACAGCGCUGAUUGUUCGAGAUGAUAAAGUUCGCUGGAGCACGGCUUAGUGGCAAGAACUAGAUUUUGUAGAAUAAAUCGCAUUCUUCCUAUUGC